AUGAAUAACUUAAAAAAAGAUAACGAAAUAAAAUUACAAAAUUUGGAUGUGCAGAAAGAGUUUAAUGAUAGCAGCGAAGAAACUGAAUGUACUAGCGAGAGAGAGAAAGUUGAACGUGAAUUACGUGCUGAGAGGGCCCGCAAGAAAGCAGAAGUGCGCAAACGUUUGGAAGAGGCUGGGCGUGCCAAAAAGGCCAAAAAAGGCUUUCUGACACCCGAAAGAAAGAAAAAAUUGCGAAAAUUGCUCAUGCUAAAGGCUACUGAAGAUUUAAAAUUACAACAAAAGAAACGUGCAGAAGAGAGACAAAUUGUUUUAAGUGAACGUAUUCCUACUUUACCUUCUGAUUUGGAUAAUAUACAUCCAGAUGAGUUACUUAUACUCUCAGAAGAAUAUAGAAGCCGUAUCAUAGAAUUGGAGUCAGAGAUUUACGACCUUAGUUAUAUGAAUAGAAAAGUAUUAAAAUUUAUUUCUUUUAAUUUUUUUGAAAAUCAAAACCGAUUAGGAAUUGUUCUGGAGACCAAGACUUUUUAUUUAUCGGAGAGGGAACGUCCAAAAUUUUUUUAA